UACACUUACAGUAACAAAAGUGGGAAGUGUGGUGGCUUAGGUUAAGACACGUUCCUCACAGUCAUGAUAGCAACUUAAAGUUAAAACCCAUUGUCGUGGACAUGCUAAUUCAAUUUUUACCCAUACAGUAGUGAACGACUAAAGGCCAUCCGAAAUCGCAAAGCUAAAUACAGUUUUUUGAUUUUUUCCGGCACUUUGUCAGCCAGUAAUUGUUUUCGAGCGUGCGCUGCAAUGGAGGCCCUUAUUCGAGUAGUAAAUCGCAUUCAGGAUGCGUUCAGCGGAAUUGGCAUCGACGAAAUGAAAGCAAUAGACCUUCCCCAGAUUGUUGUGGUUGGCGCUCAGAGCGCCGGAAAAAGCUCCGUCCUUGAAAGCAUUGUAGGACAAGAUUUUCUGCCUCGAGGAGGAGGCAUGGUGACGAGGCGUCCUUUGGUACUUCAAUUAAUCCAUCUGGACGACAAAACCCGAAAAAGAUACGGCUUCCAAACAACGGACAAACAAUUCGGACGGUUUAGUCAUACCGGAGACAAAAUUUACUCAAACUUUGACGAGAUACGGGAUGAAAUCAAGAACGAAACGGACCGCUCAACUGAAUCAAAAAAAGUCACCAUCGACAGUGACCCGAUCCGCUUGACCAUCUUUUCAGAAAUUGUCACCGACCUAACCCUGGUAGAUUUGCCAGGGCUGAUAAAAGUCCCGCUUCCGGACCAACCUGUAGACAUCGAGGACCAAAUCAAAACUCUUGUUCUGAAUUUCAUCGAGAACUCGAACUCGGUCAUUCUUGCUGUUACCCCGGCGUACGAAGAUAUGGCGAAUAUGGAAGCGCUUAAACUAGCCAGACAAGUUGAUCCAGAUGGCCAACGCACGAUUGCCGUCUUUACAAAAUUCGAUCGUGUGGAAGACGGUGUUAACGCACGCGAAAUGCUGAGCGGGGGCAUUAUUAAAGUUAAACUGGGCAUCAUUGCCGUAAUAAACCGUGCACCAAGUGAAGUUACCAAUAAUAAGACAAUCGCCGAUGCGCGGAAAGACGAACAAGAUUUUUUCGCGAAUAAAUAUCCGGACAUUGCCGAUCAGCACGGGACGAAGGUUCUGAGCCAGAGGUUGAACAAACUUUUGAUGUCGCAUAUUCGUACCCGUCUGCCAGAUUUGAGGAAGCGUAUUGGCGACCUGACGAAAGCCAAUACAGACCAGCUGGCUAAACUUGGAGAGGCACCUACUGAUAAAGGCUUAUGCUUGUUACAGUUGAUCAAUGGUUUUGUACAAGCAUACAGCGCCACUCUGAGCGGAAAUGUCGAGGAUUUUGAUAUCGGCGACAAUGACGAUGAUGAGUUUAUGGGAGGGGCCCGCAUCAGUCAACACAUUUUCCAAAACGCAUUUGCGCAAAGCUUAUUUAGUGUGGAUGCCCUGGGUGAUUUGGAUGUGAAAACCAUUGUUGCGGCAAUACGCUCAGCUUCGGGGCUAAUCCCACCACUUUCAGUACCGGCAAAGGCGUUCCAGCGCUUAGUCAAACGCCAGAUAAAAAGGAUGAUUUCUCCUUGCAUUGACUGUGUCGGUUUGGUUAAUGAUGAACUGCAGAGAUGCGUUCGGAGUUGUAACGACAACAUCAUGGAUGAACUGAUGAAAUAUCCUCAAGUUUAUGAAAAUAUGGUCAACAUUGCAAGUGAAUUUGUGAGAAAGACAGCGGAAUCCACUGAAGAGGACGUCAAAUUUGUUGUUAAUAUUCAGGUCGCUUAUAUCGACUGCACACAUCCGGCAUUCAGCCAGGAAAAAGAAGCGCUUCUGCAAAAACACUCAUCUGCAAAAAGCGAAAACACUGGAGAUGGAUCGCAAAAACAAGCUGCGUCGCCAGGGAAGCUGAAUUUCCGCGAGGCUAUCAAAGCCAGGUUGAAUCAGGAAAGCCAAUCCUGUGGACCGGAUGAAAAAAAUGACCCGGAAAAACCUUCAGUGCGAGAAUUAGAAAAUGUGGAAAUGAUGAAAUGCUUGGUUAGCAAGUACUUUUCCCUGGUGCAGGAGGUAGUGUACGAUACCGUCCCUAAGGCCAUCGUGCACUCGUUGGUUGCGCAUACAAGAGAGAAGCUGAACCAACAUUUGCUUGCGGAACUGUACACACCAGCUAUGACGAAAGGUUUCGACAUUCUCGAAGAAGCUAAGGAGAUUACGGAAAAGCGCACGAAGUCCCUGGCCAUGUCGCGUGCUCUGAAAGAAGCUACGAAAUGCCUUGAUGGGGUUUGCCAUAACAUUUAGCACGUCCCUAACAGAAUUAGCUGUUAUUCCCAUUAGGAACCGGAUUCCAGACUAAAGGUCAUGUUGUUAUAUAACCACCGGUUUUUGUUUUGGUUUUUGAUGUUAGCGCUCAAUGCCCACGCAUAUCUUCGUGUAUUCAGAAAAACUGAUUAGGGCAGAAUUGUAGUACAAUAAUUCUGGCCAAUGAUAUUAUACUUGUUACUAGUACUCUGUACUGUACUCUAUAUUACACUGUCUCCUAUCCAUAAUGUAGCGCAAAUGUAAUUGUUCCGAGUAAGCAACCAUCAUAAUUAUGAUUUUGUCAGAGGAACGAGCGAUGUCAUGACGUUUGG